AUGUACCGCACGCGAGGCAGUGUCCCUGCAGAGGAUCUCGAUGCCGGCCUUGAGUUACGCGGAGAGACAAUACGUCCAACAAGAACUCUCCGCUACCUCGUCGCCCCUGGUUGGAUCUCUGGCCGAGACUUCCUCAUCGGUCUAGCCAUCAUUCAAGCCUUCCCAGGACCAAAUUUUAACUUCGCUGUCUUCCUCGGUGCCUUGGCCCUGCAACCAACGCAGUUCCCUACGGUAUUUGGCGCAUUCCUCGGCUGGUUAGGAGUCUUCGUGCCGGGUCUUGCCCUGGCUGUUGCGUUCCAGAGUUUUUGGAGCGUGCUGCGGAGGAAGAAGUUUGUCAUUCACAUUUUGAGAGGAGUAAACGCUACUGCAAUUGGCGCUGGACAGAGUCUUGCUAGAGAGCCAUGGUGGGUGGUUGUCACUACCAUCUCCUAUGCCGGCAAUGCGUGGUUUAAGGUGCCUCCGGCUGUGUCUAUUGUUAUUGGUGCUAUCCUGGGUUUGUGUUGGUACGGGGCUGUGGGCCGAUAA